CUUGACAUGAUAUUUUGACAUUUUUACAUUCAUUAUACUAGUUUCACCUUUCGCAUAAUUCGGGGUUUUUGUUAAUAUUUUUUGUUUGCUGUUUAUACAAUGCCGAGGAAAAAUAUUGGUCCAGGUCCCGGAAAAUAUCAACUACCUCCUGUGGUAGGAUUCGAACAACACGAUAUCUCCAAAUAUCGCAACCCAUGUUACUCCAUCGGCUUACAAUUGGGAUAUGGACAAAAAUUGAUUGGACCGGGUCCUGCGUAUGGUAUACACAAUAUGACUAGAUACGGUAAGGCUAGCCAACCGGCAUACUCUAUGAAAUCAAGACCGAAAGACCUUACUAUAUUUAAACCACCUGGACCUGGAGCUUAUGCUCCAGAACUUGCGCCUAGAAUGGCCCAACGUAGGCCGCCUGCCUACUCGCUUUCGUUUAGAAACCCACCAGUAAGACCUUUCUCGACACCAGGUCCAGAUAAAUAUGACGUUCCCACCACCAUAGGACCCAAAGUUCCAGAUAAAAUUUCCAAAGCAGCGUACAGUAUGUCCUUUAAACAUUUCCUGCACGAUUUAACAAGGUCUCCUGGUCCAGCCAAAUAUACUGGUAUUGACACGAAAGUUUUCAAAACUAAACCACCUGUGUAUACUCUAUCACCGAGAAUAUUUCCUCCAGAAGCUAAGUCAGCAACUCCAGGUCCCAUUUAUUUGCCCAAAUUGCCCAAGAAGCCUGGAUACUCGUUUGGACUUAGGGUUGACAAUGAUCCGUACAUCACUGCUGAGGAUGAUAUGCCUUGUGAGGUGCGAAGGCCAUGUUAAAAAGGAGGUUAACUCGGUAACUGAGUAUAAAGCAUUUUUUAAACUUAAAUCAGGUAUAUAAUACGACAAAAGUGAAUAAAUUUAUCUUUAUAA